UCGGGCUUUUGUCAUCAAACCCAAUCCAAGUUGGAUGCAAUUUACUCAAUUGAGAUAUCCAUCGCCGACGUCAAAAUUGUACCGUAGCCACCCGCCAACGAAUAAGAACUUGGCCUUUUCACAGCUGUCGCCAAUUUCUUCUAUUCGUCAUCAAGUUCCCGUCGUUUCCCUUUCACCGUCCUGAUUUUCCCGCACUUUCCCGGAAAAUUUCCCAACCGAUUCCGCCAAAUUCACUUUACCCACAAAUCGAAUUCAUCGGCGAUGGAUAUCUCUCUUCUAUACGACACCGUUACAGUCGCAACCACCGCCCAGGGCCUAGGGUUCGCCAAGUUCCUAAUUCGUCACCAUGACCUCACCUCCAACAAUCAAAUCUCCAUCACCUAUACUCAUGCCGAUCAGCCUUCGCCUUCCAAUGGAGUCCCCCAGAUCUCCGCCGUUAUUUUUUCCUUCGACGCUGUCGCUCCGCCGCGUGCCCGGCCCAACUCUACCAGAACCGCAACCCGAACCCUCCUCCGCAAAAAACGCCGCACCAGACGGAGACCUUCGAGCGGCGACGAUUCUAACGACGGAGGCGAGGAAGACGGCGGGUUUUUCGGCGGCGAUGGUCCCUUUUUCAACGGAGGAUGGGGAGGCAGUGGAGGUGGCGGCGGCGGGGGUUGGAAUUUCGAUAGGUUUGGAGGGAAUAGUUGGGAUGAGUCCUCGUCGUCUUCGCCGUCCGAUCCGGCGUUCGAUUUCGUCUACGAGGUGAUGUGCUGGAUUGCGCUUUCGAAUUGCGUGCACUUCGCAUUCAAGAGGGUGAUUCGAAUAUUGGCGGAUGGGUUGGGAGACGCCCACAGGGAGAAGGUGCCCAUGAGAUUGACUUCGGUCUGCUGAUUUGGUACCGUUUCGUUCUCAAUGCUUAAUGUAUGGAUUGGGGAAAGAAUUCGGGUCUAAUUUGUGCGUUUAGUUUGGUUUUCUUCGAUGCUCGAAUUUGUAUAUAUUGUACAUAAAUUGCCAUUGGUGUUAUGAAUGGGUGGUCUGAUUCUGUUAAUAAUUAAUUUUCCUUUGAAUAA